UGUUCUGCGCAUGCGUGUGGUGCGGCUCCAGUCAGCGACCAAACGACGCUUCGUUAGGGAGCUAAGAGCGCUGGACAAAGCCACAAAAUGCAGUUUUGAGACUCGAACAUCGCAUAUUGCACUGGAGAUGUAAUAAGGAGUGUGUGACCAUUGAAUUAGCUCGUAUGUGACAUGCUGGCCUGUCUGCCGGUAUCAGCCCCCUCUCUCCAGCUUCUCACCCACACGCAGAUGAACACUGGACUUCAGAAAUGGGACACUACUCAGAAGAUGCGAUCUGCACAGUAUCCCACGCCAGCAGAGUUGGAUGCCUAUGCUAAGAAAGUUGCAAACAACCCGCUGACUAUAAAAAUCUUUCCCAGUAACGUGAAAGUACCUCAGAGGAAGCACCUGCGCCGUACAGUGAACGGUCUCGACACCUCUAGCCAGCGCUACAGCCCCUACCCUACUCAGGUCAGCACCAGGACUGGCCUUCUGGCCAUAGUCAAAGUUCCUGUUAAAAGAAUCCUGGAGCGUCCUCAAGUCCGCUUCCUCCCAGAGAUCACCAUGAAUCCACAGAAUGGACCCUAUGGCACUCCAAGCACUUUAAACCUGCCUCACACACUUCCAUGCAUGCAGGCUCUCUCCCAGCCACAGCUUUUGGCUCAGAAGAAUGUCUCCCAUUCUCAGAGCUUGCAGACUCAGAAGAACCUUUUUCAUUCCCAGAGCAUGCAAACCCAGAAGAACCAUCAGUGUUCUCAGAGCUUGCAACCCCAGCAGGCCCUUCCACAGCCCCAGAGCAUGCAGGAACAGAAGCCCAUGCCUCACCCUCCCAGUUUACUACAGCAACAAAGCCUGGGCCAUCAGCAAGCAGUCCAUCUUGGCCUGCCAAGACAACAGACUGUGCAACAACAUGCUCUCAACCAUCAGCAUGUUCUCAUGCAACAGCAAUCAGGUCCUCAGAACCUCCAUCACCUGCCUGAAAUGUCUCAGCCAGCUGGCUUGCAGCACUCCCAGAGUUUUCCCCAUUCUCAGCACGUUCCUCAAACCCCUGGCCCAGGCCUUCCAGCCCCUAGCAAUGCCAUACCUGGUGCCAAGCUCCCUGAUGCAGACGCCCCACCCAAUGUAACAGUGUCUACCUCAACUAUCCCUCUGUCCAUGGCAGCCAGCUUGCACCAGAAGCAGCCCAGCGACCUGAACAGCAUCGUUCAUCAGAUCAGUCGCUUCUGCCAGGCACGAGCGAGUGCCAGUGCCACAUCAGUGUGUGAAGGCCAGAUUGCCAACCCAAGCCCCAUCAGCCGUAAUCUGUUGAUUGAUGCCAGCUCUCGCGUGUGUGCUCACAACCCUCUGCCCUCCUGUGCCCUUGCCAGCACUGCUGACAAAGCUGUUCUGACGUUGCCCAAUAUGGCUCCCGUGAACAUGAGAAAUGCUUAUUGUGAUAUGAAACAGCAGCCAGCUCAGCCCCAUUUACCACAGCAGCACCCCUGGAAUCAGCAGCUGUCUCACCUCCGGUCCCUUUCAGAUGGCCCUCAGCAAGGGAAGAAUCCAUCCAGAGAUGGCACAGCAGGGCCUGGUUUUCCCAGCAAGAAUAUGAGCUAUACGCAGGAUGUGUGUAUGGGCCAGUCAUUUAAUCUGAAGCCUCCUAUAGACAAGCCCACACCUUCGCCACCCGUCACUGCCAUGUCCGGAGCUGUGAAUUACAGCAACGGGCAUUAUGUGCAGCCACCAUGGAAUGGAAUCUUGCCUACGCCCAAUAGUGAUGGCUCAGGGUCUCAAGAGCUGGGUGUUCCAUUCCACACAGGGAUGUCGGGGGCAUCCAUAGACAGCAGGACUCGAGCAGGCAACACGGGCCAGAUGAUCCUGAUACCACACAUGGAGUAUGUGGGUGGAGAUUAUCAGGCACCGUGCUUUCGAGAGCAGAACACAGGCAUGAUGGUGAAGAUGAGCAGGGCUCAAGAUUCAAAUGAUAGUCGUAAUGUGCACAUUCAUCACCCAGGGUACAGAUGAGUAAUGGUCUGCUCAGCAAGUCAUCCUUCAGUGUUCGACUCAGUAUAAGAAACACAUGUCCGCUCCUCUUCCCUUUGUUUCCAGUCUUGCAAGUCAUCUACUGUACGUUUUCCCCAAUAAGUCAUGGCCAUCAGUUUACCCAAUUUAACUGUGUGCAAGGUUUCAAAUGGCUCUUUUGUGUAGAUUAGAUUAUAAAUCAGCCUGGGGGGGUCUAUAUAAAAAUCUGUGUAAAUUCAAUAUUUAUUUGCUGUCACAACUUUUGAAAGCAACAUCUGUCUCUGUUUUUCUCAGUUUAUGUUCUCCAGCUUCAAUUAGACCACCUCAUUGAUCAAUGCAGUAUAUGUCUGACACUGCAUUCCUUUCAGUUUAUCUUGGUGUAGUUUUACUUGAUUUUAUUUGAAGUGCUAAUACUGAUGGGCCACACACCCAGCUUACUGAAGGAAUUAUAGAGGUGCCAUGUUUCUAAAAUGUGAGACUGUUUCUUCUGUGCCAUGCUCGGUCAUUUCUGGCACAGGGAUCAGACGUUCCCUUUCAAUGUUUACAUGUUAAUUUGCACUUAACUUUGAAUCAGUAAAAAGUGCAAAUCAAUGCUGGGUUAUGCACCUAUGACAAGACUGUUUCUUGAGGCUGAUGUUCAUAAAUUGGCCUCAAGACUUCGAUUGGACUGUUACUAUAAGGUUUUCUCAGUGUGAAAUAUUUCCUUUCUUAUUGUGUCAGCCAACAGUGUUUCCCUGUGUGAUUGGUGUUGGCUUUUUACUUUAAGUAUGCCAUAAGAUUUGGUUAUAUUGUCCAUCAGUCAUGAAGUAGACCACCCUGGGAUCCCUCGAAUUUAAUUUUAAACCUGUGCACAUGGUGCAUAGUUUGGUAGUUUUUCUGUUGUGUUGAUUUGAAAUACUUGCGUUUCCGAGAUGUUGUUAGUUACACUUCACUACAGGACUUUAAAACUUUUCAGGGUACAUGAACCUGAUCAGGAUCUGCUUCUCCACUUCAAAACUCCAUUGAAGUAUGUAUGUGUGGAAAGAGCAAGGUGAUCUGCCUGCCGUUUGGUACAUGCCCACCCAGGCCAGCCCUUUUGAAACCUUUCCUUUUAAUGGUCAUUUUUCAGUCUUGUCCAGGGAAAAACCUUACUUGAGCAUUAACGGAUCACUUGCAAAAUUUAUGGCAAUAUAAAAGAAGACCACAGGCUAAAUAUGUUUGAUGUGAACAUGUGCCUCAUUGCUGUACUACUGUAGUUGAGGGCUGUGCUAAGCCUUGUGUGAAUGUGGUGAUGGUGUGGACUGAACUGCGUUGCGUGUCUGCUCCAUCAGUAACCUCAUCUGUCGUGGUUUUUUUUUUUUUUGGUCAGCAGCUAAUAAUCCACAAAUGUAACCAACUUUGGUAUUUGUUGCUGAUUCUGGAAAGGUCUCAACUCAGGUGCCAUUUGGUUUUUAACCUUAAUGAUUUUCAGAGCAAGAAAAGUAAAUUAAUAUUUGGGAGAAAAACUACAGCAGGUUGUAAUUGCAUAAUCAAUUGAUUUAUGUGGAACUUGCUUUACAUGGAGUCUGCUGCUUUUGGGAUUAGUCUUGUAUGCUGAGUGCCUCCCUUUCUCAGGUCUACUGGUGCCUCCUUACACGUCAUCUUCCCACUUCUUCAUGCACAUUACAGUGUCUGUUCAUGUUUUUUUUUAAGUGACAUUAGACUGUACGUAUGUGAGCAGGCCAUCUGGUAGCUGAGUGCAGGUAUUUUUACACUGCACACCGGCUUUGGUGUAACUGAUGGAGCAAACACUGAGCAGUUUGAAGGUGAUAUGAGUGACAUGCAGUAUGUUAGCCUUGCUGGUUACCCCUUAAGAGCCUUAAGUAUUUAUUCCUUGGACUGUCUUUGAUAACGGGCAUAGUGAAGAUGACAUUGUUUUUAGCAGUUUUAAUGUAAAUUGAUUUAAUGCAAAUUUUUUUUUUUUAAAGAAAACUUCCUAAGAUGAGGAUUAACUUUUUGUAUUUAGCAACUUAACUGUGUAUUGCUGUAACAGCUGUCAUUUUGCAUUCAGACCAAAAUUAUGUACUUUCCACAGCUAGAUCACUUUAUUGUAUUGGCUUUGUUAUUGCAGCGCAACAUUUCAAAGUCCUAGGUCUAUCUCAGUCAUUUGGCAACAGCAGCUUAAAUGAUGCAAGCUGACCUGAAGUGAGCUUUAUGACUGCAGACAUACAGAUUGCAGUUACACAGCCCAGAUUUGUGUUAGUUAAUUGUGAACAGAUUAACUAAUUCUGGGUCGGUUUCUGCCACUUUCAUUAUGCAUUUUUCCCCCCUCCCCAAGAAGCUGCUAUUUUAAUCCCAUCCAUAUGUUAAGUUACAGUGACUUCAGAAGAAAGAUGUAAUUUAUGCUUUUCUUUUUACAAUGCAGCAUUGUUGAUGGAUAAGUUCUAAAGUGAAUUAAUCCAUUUGCUUGUCACCCGAUUUAUCAUAAGACAUUGUAAACUUGAAGAUUAGACUUGACACAAUCCUUAUUUCUUGAGUUGUUACAGCUCCAGGGCACAAAGUCAGGUUGCUCUUUCUAAAAGUUCCUGUUUCUAUGUGAAGUGCCUACACAGGGCGGAUGUGGACUGUGUGUAUAUGUGACUACCUGGGGGUAUAAAUAGGAAAAGUGCUGGCACACGUGCACACUACAAAGACCUGGUGCACUGUUCAUGAGUGGGGGACCAAACUGCAUAAAACUACUGACGGGGAGAACGCUGCAUGUGCCACCUCAGGCAUAAAACUUAUUUAAAUUUGAAUAUUUGCUGCUGAAUUUUUAGUCUAGGUGGAUAAACCUACGCUGCUGAACUUCUAGUGCCCAAGAAACCUUCUAGGGUGCACUUUAGAAAGUUCUUUAGAUCUUAUAGAGCACAUGUUCUCUCAAUAGUACUUUUGGGUUUUUGGGUUUUUUUUGUUUUGUUUUUAAGUUUAGGACUCAUGCCAAGGGUGUUUCAUCUUGUUCUACCAAAGAACAAAAUGUCGCAUGAAUGGUAGCAGUGUGCAACUGUAACGUAAAUCUGUCAUUCCAGAUGCCCAUGUUUUUCAGGAAUAAUGUGUUGCACAAACAUUCCCCUGUAACCAAAAUAAAGGUUGACUUGCAUUUGAA